AUGCACCUCCAAACCCUCCUUCUCUCCCUAACCCUAACCCUCACCCUCCAAACAACCGCAACACCACUCCCACUCUCCCUCCUCACCCGCGACGCAGCCCUAACGGAAUCCCAACUCAUCACCAUCGCCCCCUCAUCCAAAUCCUGCACAGACGCGCCAGCAGAAGGCGAAUGCGCCACAGCAAAACAAGCAGCUAAAUUCACGUCCCAAUCUUUCGAUACAUACAAAGUUACCUCGAAAGCCGAGCAAGCUGCUGUGGUCAGUCUGAUGGCGUUUGAAAGUGGUGAUUUCAAAUAUAAUAAGAACCAUUUCCCCGGCGUUGCUGGACAGGGCACACGCAACAUGCAAUCCCCAUCCUUCAAUAAGAAAUACGCCUCCUCCCUACCAGAACUGCAAGACAAACUCCCAAGCGUCAGCAACAGCCCGGCAGAUCUACUUGAUCUCCUGCGCAGCGACGGUGCAACGGACUUUGGUUCCGGUGCCUGGUUCCUUACUACGCAGUGCUCGAAGGAGGUACGGAGUUCGCUUGCUGAUGGUUCGGAGGCCGGGUGGCAGAGGUUUAUCUCGGAUUGUGUGGGGACUUCUGUUACGGAUGAACGGAAGGAGUAUUGGGAGAGGGCUGUUAAGGCUAUUGGUGUUUAG